CAGGGAUUGCGGAUAGCCGGCGUAGCAUUCAGCCGUAGGUUCCGAGGACUAUGAUUGCUACCUUCUAGGCCACACCUCUUGCGAAUUCCCAUCAGCGCGCAGCUGAUCGGCGCCAGUUCAACCAAGACUCAUUACCCAUGCGGAUUAUUAUGACCGCAUGCAGUGUCAUGUCAAGUCGGUGCGUCCUAGCUAGUACUUGAUCGAAACUCCUAAGUCGAUCUCAUGGGGUUCGCGGGAGUCGCGUUUCAGUCGCGCGCGGCGGCGCUGGCGGAGCUGCAGCACUGCCCGCAGUUCCAUGACGCCAUUCUGACGCUCCGCGACGGCGCCAUGUUCUCCAUACCGGCCUGCCUGCUCUUCGCGCGAAGCAACUGGUUCCGCCGCGCCUGGGAGGACGCGACCGGCAGCGGCUUCGGAAAGUGUGUUGAGAUAACGUUCCCUCCUGUCCCGGGGGGAACGGAGUCGUUCGAGAGCAUUCUACAGUACUGCUACGGGUUGCCUGUUAACGCGGAUGCCACUAAUGCGUUGCAGCUGCUGUGCUGCGCGUCGUUUCUCGAGAUGUGCGAGGGUAGCGAGGAGGACUCGCUGCAGCAGCAGGCGUGGCGGUACAUUAACGAGCACAUUCUUAACGAGUGGGAGGACAGCCUGCGGCUGCUGGAGACUGUAGCGCGGGACGAGCUUAUAUUGAAGGAGGCGCUGAAGCUCGACCUCCCGCUGCACGCCUCCACGUGCGUCGCAGACCAUCUGAGCGCCAUGCUCUCAGGCCCCUUCCACACCGCUGACCGCAUGGCCUCGCUCCGCCACCUGCUGGCUCGCCUCGCCUGCCUGCCCGCGCCGCUGCUCUCAUGCGUCCUGCUGGCGUGCCGGCAGGCCAACGUGAGCUUCGUGCGCAUUGGCAACUACCUCGCUGCCGACACGCACACGUGCCUCUUCACCGACAUUCCUUCUCUUGCUGCACUCGCAGAUACUGCUGCUGCUUCCUCCUCUGCUGCCCUUUCGGGAGCAGGCGCAGCAGCAACAGAAGCAGCAGCUUCCUCAGUGGUACGAUCAAGUAGCAGCAAUGGGGGAAGGAGGGUGGCGAACGGAGGGGGAGCGAGUGACAAGGUGGUGUGUGAGGAGGAUUCAGAGGAGGCAGCGGAGAGGGAGGAGGUGGGCAGGGCGAUGCUGUUUGAGUAUGCGUGCAGUGAGGCGCUGGAGCACGCAGCAGCGCUGCAGGAGUUGCACCACAGGGCGGCAGCAGCAGCAGGAGGAGGCACGGAAGGGGAAGGCUCCUCUGACUCCACAUGUCCGCCACCUGCAUCAGCAUCUGCAGCAGCGGCACAGCAGCAGCAGCAGCUGUUGAAGAAGCAGCAGCUGGCGGGUGUGAGGUCGAGCACGCGCUACAUGCCGUCGGUGCAGUACCUGAUUGUGCUUCUGAAGCACUGCGUGACUAUACAGGAAGGCCAUGAAAGGAGGAGCAGCAACAGGCAAGCCGAUCGAAUGGGCGGUAUUGGUAAGGCAAGAAGCUCAACCUCGUUACAAGGACACUCCCUAUCAGGAAAGGAAGAGCAAAGGAAUCCAGUGCACAGCAGGGGGGUCCACAAGGUGUCUUCCUCGCAGCGUGGCACCGACAGGGGUACGGGGGGCGGAGCAGGCGCAGCGUACACAGGUCUGAGAGGAACGAAGAGCGACAGUGAGAUGCACCCAAGAGGCCGUGCGAGCGAGGAGAGAGAGGGCGCGAGUGUGGGCGAGAGCGUGCGCGUGGGCAUGGGGCGGCGCAAGGAGCUGCUGUUCGUGCGCCUGGCGCACCGCGUCACCGCCAUGCCCACCGCGCUCUCCCUGGCCGACCUCGUCUUCCUCGGCCCCGCCACCAGCCUGCUGCUCCUGCACUCCCUCCGUGACGCCUCCUUUGCUGCUGCUGCCACGGACCCCUCUCAUGCUGCUGCGGCAGGUGUGGGUGGCGGGGUAGAGGGUGGGAGUGUUGGUGGUGGUGCGGGAGGCGGUGGAAGGAGGGGGCCGCCGCUGCCUCAUUGGGGUGGCCACCCUGCUGCCUCCCACCCCAGGAUCCCCUCCCUCUCCUCCCAUGCCGAAAUCCACCCGCCUAUAUCCCCCCUGCCCCCUCUCAAUGCUGCCAGCAGCAGAACCACGAGUGCCACCACCCGCCCCGUCCCUGUGCGGCUGGUGGGCUCCCCCGCGGCUGCUCUAGGUGGCGAUCUGGUGUGUGACUACGUGCACUACCUCGCCUCACGCAUGACCCACCAGUCGGAGCACCACACGUGGCUGCCGUUCCUGCGCCUGUGCCCCGCGUGGCCGGGCCUGUCGAGUUUCCUGGUGGACCUCAUCGCCAUGCUGCACCUGCUCUUCCCCGCCUGCCACGGCCAGCCCCCCGUGCCCGAGCUGUGGAGCAUGGUGGACGUGGGCGCGCUCUCGGACGAGGUGCUGGCUCUCGCUGGGAAGAUGGAGAGGAGGGAGAGGGGGGAGAGGGAGGCGGAGGGCGAGAGGGAGAGGGAGAGGGGGUUGCAGGGGCAGGUGGAGCGGGAGAGGCGCGUGCGGCAGGAGCGGGCGCUGCAGCAGGUGGUGCUGGAGCUGGAGAGCGCCAAGGAGACCAGCACGCGCCUCGUCAUGCAGAACCUCAAGGACGUGGUGUCGGACCCGGCCCCCUGGGAGACGUUCCACCUGAGGGGGCUGGACCCGGACGUCAUCAUCGACAUUGACGGGGUGACGUGGGCGCUGCACCGGCACGUCGUGGAGCCACACUGCCCGCUCAUCAAGUCCCUCCUCCCCGCCGCCGCCGCUGCUGCUGCUGCCGCCAGCCCCCUCUCCCCGUCUCUCUCCCCGACCCAUCCCUCUGCCACGGACGAUCUGCACCAUUUCGCGCACCUCUCGCUGGCCACCAGCCUGCCCAUCAUUGCGCUGCGUGCCUUCCCCGGCGGCCCGCGUGCGUUCAACAUCGUGGCCAAGUGGUGCUACGGCUCGCGCCCCAACCUGUCCGCCAGCCAGGCUGCCGGCGUGCUCUUCGCUGCUCGCUUCCUCGGCAUGGACGACCGGGGAGAGCAGGCGCUGAUACCGGUGGCAGUGCGCGCGGUGACGGGGGGCUUGUCGGAUGGGUGGCAGGCGUGCUUUGACAUCCUGGACCGCUGCUACCACGACAGAGUUUUGGACGCGCUGGUGGUGGAGUUCAGCCUCAACCGCCACUUCGUCGACUCCGCCUGUGGCGCCAUUCUGAAGCUGGAGUCGAAGCUGGUGGGGUUUGGGCGGUGGGGCAACGAGGACUGGACCAUGGUGAACCGGCUGCUGGAGGGGAUGAACAAGCUGCCUCCCGCCAUCAGCAUCAAGGUGGUGCAGCAGCUCUGGGACCUGCGCCGCUCCCACUGGGCCUCCGUGUGCCGCACGCCCUGCACCCACCCCACCAAGGAGCACCCGGGCAUCAAUGCCAUGGCUACUGUUGGAAGCUUUUUGCUAAGCGUCACUUUGCUGAGUAAGAUCGAGUGGCGGAAGCAGCAGCAGGAGGAGGAGGCAAAGAAGGUGGGGCAAGGUUCCGUCAACGGUGCUAACAGCAGCCCCAGCCCGGCAGCAGGAUCUUCUCCUUCCCAGGCGCUAUCCAGCAGCAGUGUGCGAUCCCGGCCGCAGCCCCCAUACGACAACAUUCUGUGGAUGCUGCGCAUUUUGAAGCUCUUCAUCUCGCCGCCCUUGGACCGCCCCAUCCUGGUGGUGCUGAGCGACAACAUCCCCCUCCUGGAGGUGCAGCACCUGCAGUUCCUCGACCUGCCCGCCUGCAGCGCCCUCUUCACCCUCGUGUCCGCCGCCCCCCGGGAAGACCCCGAGCUUGUCGCGGCAGGUGAGCUCCUCGACUCAUACCUCAUAGCGGCGGGCUCCAAGCGCAACCCCCCCAUCUCGCCCGAUGACUUCCGGUCGUUGGUCACACGCCUGCCGCCGGAGGCCCGGCCGACGCACGACCUGCUGUUUGAGGCAGUGUGCGCGUACGCGGAGGCGGACCCCCGCCCCGCCACAUGUAACUUGUUGUCCGUCGUGGAGUGUGGCCGCCUCACGCCCCGGUGCUUACGCCUGGCGGCCUCUGCUGCUGCUUCCAUGGACUUUGGGCAGUCUGCCGUGGCGGGGUUCUGGCUGUUCAUGGUGUCGCUGCUGCGCGCGCUCAUGUAUGAAGGCUAGCAUGAUGAGUGUUGCGCUGGCGCCUUGUGUUGUAAAGAGCUAGUGGAGUGAGGUUAAGAAUACAGCACAAGUAACUGGUUAUGGUUAGAUAAACAACUGAGUACUAGUAUUACGGCAUAUCACUUGUUUUGGCACUAUUUAUCAAUCUUGUAGGUGAU